AUGGCAGAAGAAGGGAAAUCAGAUGCACAGCUAUUUCAGCUCCUUUCCAAUCUCCUCCAACAAGUGGAAGCACUAUCCAACGAGGAAGAAGUUGAGCUGCGCUCCAAAAUUGAAGCACUUGGAUUAGAGGUUGCAAAAGUGCCUUCAAAGUCGACAGAGAAUCUUGAUGAGCUGGAAAUAGCAAGAGAGUUGGAUAAAUUAUCAGCCAAGUUAGAUGAUGUAGAUGAAAUGAUAUCCUCGGCUCUGGCUUCAGAUCCACAGGUGCAGUCACUCCUGAGUGACACUGCUGAUGUAUGGAUGCCAGUUAUUACUGCUAACGCUGAUGAACGUCGGAACUUUAUAACAGCAGUUGGAGAUGAUAAAUCCGUAGAGAAAGGAGAAAAUUCCAAUUAA